UUGGACAGGUGGGGAUCGCAGGGAAUUGACAAAAACAGACGGCGACGGUGACGCCGUAGGGUCUAUGGCUGAGGCGGUGAGACCCACUCGCCGGGCCAAGGCCAAGGCCAGCCGGACUAAAACCAAGGAAAAGAAGAAAUAUGAAAAUCUUCAGAGGGAAGAGUCUGAUGAAAUCUCCCUUCCAGAAACCUCCAGAGAGCUGGAAAUCCCUACUCCAGCUUGUGAAUUCAGAGGAGACCAUCUGCAGGUGUUAACUGAUUCCCAGCUCCAGAAUGAUGCCCAUGGACAAAACGAGAGUGAAAUGUUUGAUGUAUCACUCACCUCCUUAACUAUAAAUAAUGAAGGGUCCCUGACAUGUGACACAGAGGCCCUAAAGGAAGGGGAGGAGGUCAGAGCUUGUGUUGGGGGCAAUGCGGUCAAGCUGAAGUUUGACCUUGGAGACAAUGUUGGAACCAAAGUAGAAACCCCCAAGAACUUUACAGAAGUAGAGGAAAGUAAAUUGGUACAACGCGGACCUUUUGAAAGCACACUGCAAUCCAGUUUUUCUUAUACUCAGCAGGAAAUGGAAAAUGUACAGGUCAGAGGAACCCAGCAUAGCAAAGAAGACAAACAAGCCUUGGGUCUGUCUUCAGAGGUGCUACAAAAUGUUGGCUUGCGGAGUUCCUGUGAGGUCACGGACAUUUUUCAGCCACCUAAAGUGAAAAAACUGUAUCCCCAGUUGCCAGCGGAAAUCGCUGGAGAAGUGCCAGCUUUGGUGGCAGUGAAACCCUUGUUGCGGAAUGAGCGACUCUACCCAGAGCUCCCAUCUCAACCGGAGCUGGUACCAUUUACUAAAGAACAAUUAAAAAUCUUUGAGCCUGGCUCAUGGCUGGAAAAUGUUGAGUCCUAUUUAGAGGAAUUUGACAGCAUGGCUCAUCAGGACAGGCAUGAAUUUUAUGAGUUGCUUUUGAACUACUCACGAUGUAGGAAGCAGCUUCUUCUGGCUGAAGCUGAGCUAUUGGCUCUGACAUCUGAUUGUCAAAAUGCUAAAAGUCGACUCUGGCACUUUAAGGAGGAACAGUUGUCUGUCCAGCUCAGAGUAUUGCAGUGUAGGAAUCAAAGCCCGGUGCCUGCAGGGGCCAUGCAGGUAACUGGAGAAGUGAAGCAGGCUUCUAAACAGGCAGAAAGCAUUCCCUCUGAUCUGUGUCAGCUAAAGGAGUGCGUCAGUGUCUUGUUCAUGUUCACCAGGAGAGUUAACGAAGACACUCAGUUCCAGGAGGACAUUCUUCUCUGGCUGCAGAAAUUGGUUUCAGUGUUACAAAGAGUUGGCUGUCCUGGAGAUCACUUCUUCCUUCUAAACCAUAUUCUUCGAUGCCCGGCUGGUGUUAGUAAAUGGGCUGUUCCUUUCAUCCAGAUCAAAGUGUUGAAUAACCCAUCAGGGGUCUUUCAUUUUAUGCAGUCCCUUGCCCUGCUAAUGGCUCCUGUCAAAAAUCGAGCAGAGUUCCUGUGCCACAUGAAACCCAGUGAAUGGAAGCCAUCCUCUCCGGGGCCUGCGUCUGGGUCGUGGACACUAGUAGAUGAGGGAGGAGAAGAGGAUGAAGAUCCUGAGACCAGUUGGAUUCUCCUUAAUGAAGAUGACUUGGUUAUCCUUUUAUCACAGUUUCCAUUUCAUGAACUCUUUCAACAUCUUCUUGGGUUUAAGGCAAAAGGUGAUUAUUUACCUGAAACAACAAGACCUCAAGAGAUGAUGAAAAUUUUUGCGUUUGCUAACUCAUUAGUGGAACUUCUGGCUGUGGGGUUAGAAACCUUUAAUAGAGCACGCUAUAGGCAGUUUGUGAAGCGAAUUGGCUAUAUGAUCAGGAUGACCCUUGGUUAUGUGAGUGACCACUGGGCACAGUAUGUGAGCCACAACCCAGGCUUGGGCUUGGCCCUGGAGCCCUACUCCAUGGAGAAACUACAGGUUGAAUUUGACGAGCUGUUUUUGAGAGCUGUCCUACAUGUGCUGAAAGCCAAAAGACUUGGCAUUUGGCUCUUUAUGUCGGAAAUGCCCUUUGGGACGCUGUCGGUCCAGAUGCUCUGGAAGCUCUUCUACCUCAUGCACCAGGCGGAGAGCGGGGACCUGGGGAAGCUCUGCACUGCCCUCCCGCCCGCCGAGUGCAAGAAGCAACUGCAAGACCCAGAACAUUUUGUGAACUUUGCGAAGUGUCUUUCUUCCAUGAAUAGCUCUGAAGAGAUUUGCCUUCUGACGACAUUUGCGCAGAUGGCUCAGGCCAGAAGAACCGAUGUGGAUGAAGACUUCAUAAAAAUUAUUGUUCUGGAGAUAUAUGAGGUCUCUUAUGUCACCCUGUCCACCAGAGAGACGUUUUCAAAGGUCGGUCGAGAGCUGUUAGGGGCCAUCACCGCUGUUCACCCUGAGAUAAUUUCUAUCCUUUUGGAUAGAGUUCAAGACACCAUUGACCAGGUUGGAAUGGUCUCUUUGUACUUGUUUAAAGAAUUGCCUUUGUAUCUUUGGCGACCUUCUGCCUCCGAGAUAGCUGUGAUUCGGGAUUGGUUAUUGAAUUAUAACCUGACAAUGGUGAAGAACAAAUUGGCCUGUGUUAUUCUAGAAGGACUGAACUGGGGAUUUGGUGAACAGGGCACCCUUCAUCUGGAUCAAGCAGUCCAUGCUGAAGUGGCUUUAAUGAUUCUCGAAGCGUACCAGAAAUACCUUGCACAGAAGCCAUAUGCCGGGCUUCUUUCUGAAAGCAUGAAGCAGGUUUCAUAUUUGGCCAGUAUUGUUCGAUACGGAGAGACACCUGAGACCUCCUUUAACCAGUGGGCCUGGAACUUGAUCUUGAGGUUAAAACUGCACAAAAAUGACUAUGGAAUGCAGCAGAACUGCCCAACUGUCCCCUUCUCCAGCACUGUGCCUGACAUGACAGAGUCACCCACAUUUCAUCCUCUCCUGAAGGCUGUUAAGGCGGGCAUGCCCAUUGGCUGUUACCUGGCCUUAGCCAUGACAGCCGUGGGCCACAGCAUUGAGAAAUUCUGUGCAGAAGGCAUCCCACUGUUGGGAAUUCUGGUCCAGUCGAGGCAUUUGAGAACCGUGGUCCAUGUCCUGGAUAAGAUUCUGCCUUUGUUCUACCCUUGCCAGUAUUACCUUCUGAAGAAUGAGCAGUUUUUGUCCUACCUUCUCCUGUUCCUGCACUUGGACAGUGGCGUCCCUCAGGGUGUCACGCAGCAGGUCACCCACAAGGUGGCACAGCACCUGACUGGAGCCAGCCUCGGGGACAACGUGAAGCUUCUCAACAGCAUGGUCCAGGCCCACAUAUCUGUAAGCACUCAGCCUAAUGAAGUGGGCCCCGUUGCCGUACUGGAGUUCUGGGUUCAGGCUCUAAUAAGCCAACAUCUUUGGUACCGAGAACAACCCAUCCUCUUCCUCAUGGAUCACUUGUGUAAAACAGCUUUUCAACUGAUGCAGGAAGACUGUGUGCAGAAAUUACUCUACCAGCAACAUAAGAAUGCUUUGGGUUACCACUGUGACCGGAGUCUGCUGUCUUCCUUGGUGAGCUGGAUCGUGGCAGGCAACAUCACCCCUUCCUUCGUGGAGGGCUCGGCCACUCCCACUCAGGUCUGGUUCGCAUGGACGGUUCUGAACAUGGAAUCUAUCUUUGAAGAAGACUCUCAGCUCCGAAGAGUUGUUGAAGGGGAAUUGGUUAUAAACUCUGCUUUCACCCCUGACCAAGCUCUGAAGAAAGCCCAGGCCCAGCUGAAGCUCCCCAUUGUCCCGUCUCUCCAGAGGCUGCUGAUUUAUCGUUGGGCCCACCAGGCUCUCGUCACGCCUUCUGAUCACCCUCUUCUGCCGCUCAUUUGGCAGAAGUUCUUUCUCCUGUAUCUUCACCGGCCGGGACCACAGUACGGGUUACCUAUAGAUGGUUGUAUCGGGAGAAGGUUUUUCCAAAGCCCUGCUCAUGUUAAUUUGUUGAAAGAAAUGAAGAGACGCCUGACUGAGGUGGCUGACUUCCACCACGCUGCCAGCAAGGCCCUCCGUGUGCCAGCAGAGGGCAGCGAAGGGCCGCCAGCUAGCCAGGCUGGCACCCCUGGUUACCUGACUUCCCCAGAGCUGCACUCGGAGCUUGUGAGAACUGCUGCUCUUCGGGAGUCUCAGCAGGUUGCCCUAGAUAGUGAGCUGUUGGACACAAUGCCCAAACAGUAUGUUAACCGGGAAGAACAGACCACACUGCAUUUGGAGUGCAGAGGCAGUAGUGGUAAGAAAUGCCAGGGAGCAGCAGUUGUAACAGUUCAGGUAAGACUGUUUACAUUUCUUCAUAAUUUACAGAAUUCCAAAGAGAGGGUUUUAAGUAACUUGCGGAAGCAUGAGGCUCCCCAGCCUCCCCUUGCCCUGCACCCAGUGAAGCCUCCUGUGCCAGUUAUUUCCUCUGCCGUGCUCCUGAGUCAGAAGGGUACCACCCAGCUGGUGCGCACAGACCUGCACCUGUUGCAACAGCAGGCCAGGCCAGCCAAGGACUCUGACCCUCAAAGACCCAGUCUAAUUGUAGUUAGUGACAUAUGGAGCAUCAAAGAAACACUCACAAGUCUGGAUUCUCAUACUGUAAACCAACACUCUUCACCUGCAUUUUCCCUCAGGGCCUUAGUGAACGCCUACAAGUUGCAGCCUACCCCCGGGGUUCAGAAGGUUGGCAUUGGCCUCUUCUUUACGGUCGUGGAUUACAUCAGCGACGAGACCCAGCGUCACCCUCCCACAAGGCAGUUCUUCACUUCCUGCAUUGAGAUUUUGGGACAGGUGUUCAUNAGUGGCACUAAAUCAGAAUGCAAAAAAGUACUCGAGACCGUUCUGAGGAAUAGAAGGCUCUGCUCUCUUUUGUCUCCGUUCUUCACUCCCAAUGCUGCACCCGUGGAGUUCAUACAGCUCUAUGAGAAAGUGGUGAAGUUUCUAAGUGAGGACAACAGUGACAUGAUUUUCAUGCUGCUGACCAAGUUCGAUCUGAAGCAAUGGUUAAACGCAGUGAAGCCUCCUCUGUCUGAUCGCACCAGACUCCUGGAGUCCAUUCAUUCGGCGCUUACCGCCUGGGGCCUUGAGCCGGAUGAAGACAUUUUGAUGCCAUUUAAUCUCUUCUGUAAGCACUGGACUUACCUUCUCCUCUACCAGUUUCCUGACCAGUACAGCGACACCCUCAGGCUGCUGAUGCAGAGCUCUGCUGAGCAGCUGCUGAGCCCUGAGUGUUGGAAAGCCACGCUGAGAGCCCUGGGCUGCUGUGCCCCGAACUGCCAGCAGGGGGCACCUUCUGCCGAGAGCACAGUGCUUCAAAGCUCCCAGGAUGCUCUCUUGUCAGACAAGCAGGUAAUGGAGACUAUACAGUGGCUCUCAAACUUUUUUUAUAAGCUUCGGUUAUCCACAUUAGACUUUAAAAGUUUUGGUUUAUUCUCAAAAUGGAGUCCUUACAUGGAUGGUAUGAAGAUACUCUUGGGCUAUCUUGUGAAAAGGCUGCUUGACUCAGAAAUGGCCUGCUUGGCGCAAAACCCAUCUGCCAACAGCAAAACAGUGCUGAGAUCCCUGCAUUCAUUAAUCAUCCAGCUCUUUAAACCGUGGAUCCUGGUUUUAGGGGACAAUGAAAGCAGCCAACGACACUACCCAUGGCUGGAGAGUGAUGCUGUGGUGGCCUCAAGCAUUGUGCAGUUGUUCACUGAUUGCAUUGACUCGCUGCACGAGAGCUUUAAAGAUAAGCUGUUGCCAGGUGAUGAAGGAGCCCUUCGGUUACACCUGAUGCAUUACUGUGAAGCGUGUACAGCACCCAAAAUGCCCGAGUUCAUUCUGUACGCUUUUCAUAGUGCCUACCGGAAGCUCCCGUGGGGGGACCUGCACCCCGACCAGCUGCUCAUGGAGGCCUUCUUCAAGGUGGAACGAGGAAGCCCUAAGAGCUGCUUCUUAUUUCUGGGGUCUGUCCUCUGUGAAGUCAACUGGGUCAGUGUGCUCUCGGAUGCCUGGAGUCCUAGCCCCCACCCAGAGACCCGGAGCAUGGUGGUCUGCCUCCUUUUCAUGAUGAUUUUAUUGGUAAAGGAAGAUCAACUGGUGGACGAAAUAGAUUCACCUCUACUUAGUCUCCUUGGACAGACAAGCUCACUUUCAUGGCAUCUUGUGGAUAUUGUGUCAUAUCAGAGUGUGCUCAGCUAUUUCAGCAGCCAUUAUCAGCCAUCCAUCCUCCUGGCGAAGGAAUCUUCUGCUGAAUUAAUCGUGAAGCUCCUAAAAGUGACUGCAGGCCUUUCCAUUCCUGCUGACAGCCAGAAGCAUCUUGAUGCAGUUCCAAAAUGCCGAGCCUUCACUCAUCAGAUGGUGCAAUUCCUCAGCAACCUGGAACAAAAUGGAAAGAUCACCCUAGCAGUCCUAGAACAGGAAAUGUCUAAGCUCUUAGACGAUAUCAUUGCCUUUAACCCACCCGACAUGGACAGCCAGACCCGCCACAUGGCCCUCAGCGGCCUGUUUAUGGAAGUCCUGAUGAUGAUGAACAACGCGACUGUUCCCACGGCAGAGUUCCUCCGGGGCAGUGUCCGGGCCUGGAUCGAGCAGAAAGUGCAAGGGCUGGCGGUGCUGCCCCUCCUGACAGCAGCCUGCCAGAGCCUGGCAUCCGUCCGCCACAUGGCGGAGACAACGGAAGCCUGCAUCACUGCCUACUUCAACGAAGGCUCCCUCAAUCAGAAUUUAGGAUGGGGCCCCAUCCUGGUGUCCCUUCAAGUUCCUGAGCUCACCAUCGAAGAAUUUCUGCAGGAGUGCCUGUCCCUGGGCAGUUACUUGACUCUCUAUGUCUACUUGCUGCAGUGUUUAAAUAGCGAACAGACGCUGAGGAACGAAAUGAAAGUGCUGCUCACCUUAAGCAAGUGGCUGGAACAGGUGUAUCCAAGGUCUGUGCAAGAAGAGGCAAAGCUGUUUUUGUGGUGGCACCAAGCCCUGCAGCUGUCCCUGAUUCAGACGGAGCAGAAUGACUCGGUCUUGACAGAAUCUGUCGUUCGAGUUCUGCUCGUGCUUCAGAGCAGGCAGAGCCUGCUGGCUGAGGAGAGGCUCAGCUCCGGGAUUCUGGGGGCCAUUGGGUUUGGCCGGAAAUCGCCCCUGUCGAACAGGUUCCGAGUGGUUGCCCGAAGCAUGGCCGCCUUCCUUUCAGUUCAGGUGCCUGCCGAGGACCAGAUCCGUUUGAAGCCUGGCUCUGAGUUAUAUCUCACCCCCAAAGCUCAGCAGGCUCUGAAUGCACUUGAAUCCUUGACAUCAAGCAAGCAAUAUGUUGAAUACCAGGAUCACAUAUCACAAGCCGUGCAGUUUAUAAAGCAGCCUGGCUAUUGUCUCCAAGAUGGGAAGAGCUUCCUGGCCCUUCUUGUUAACCGUCUCUAUCCAGAAGUGCAUUAUUUGGACAACAUACGAUAGUAACACUGAGCCUCUUGAAAAACCCGUUGCUAUUUAUGUUUACAUUUAACUUUGCUGUUGCACAAGUAACUUUGCUCAGUUUCACUGCAGAGCUCAGUUUGGCCAAUGAGGUAAUUGACUGAGACGCAAGCCAGAGGCACUAGAUAAUUCUGUUGGGCAUGUGCACAUGUGUACGUAUGUGUGUAUGUGUGUGUUUUCUUAGCUCUUAAAACUUUCUGGGGACUUUUCAGUGUUUUUGUUCCUCCAACAAGAGAAACUUAAAAAGUUCCACUUGGGGACAAAGCUACUCACAGUUGCUGAAUAUCUCAGUCAUCUCACAAGACCCCAGGAUGGGGUUCUUUGUACGUCUCCACUUCUGUCUUCUGUUGUCUCAAUAUCAGGACUCCCGUGCCAUAUCUAACUGCUUUUGGAAUCAUGUAGAACCCUUACUUUUGAACCCCAUUUGUGUUCCUUCAAAGUAAAAUGAGCUUUGAAAAUUUCUGCGUUUUUCAAAUGUGGGGAAAUACAUCAGCUUAAAAGUAUUGUGUUGUUCCUCUCAGAGGAGAGGUAAGAAUGCUGGAUUUAAGCGCGUCAUUGUCUAAAAUGUGACCACUUGAUCCUGGUUAUAGUGGUCAGCAGAGAUGGUGACAUAUCCAUUUCCAUCCAGCCAUGUGUCCUCAUGGAUAAGGACCCAGCCAUCUAAAUCAGGGUGGCACGCUGACAGCCUGUGAUGAGCACACUGUGCACAGAUGUGUUUCGUUUGGUCCACAGGGGUGGAGAGUAAACAGGGCUUACUCUCUCUAGUGCAGUAUAGACAUACACUCCCUUUCGUCCUGUCCCAGCCAGUUUCCUCAUCCAUAUCACUUCCUUGGCCCCUGUAGACAUCUAAGUUUGCAACUCUUGAUAGAUGAUAGACACUAGUUACCUAACUGAAGGCCCUGCUGGUGAGAGGGAGAGAGAACGAGAGAAUUUGGUUCUCUGUUUCUUGUUGGUUUUCACUCCAUUUUCAAACUCAGAUGAAGCCAGCAAACCUGCUGAAACACUGGUCCAUGGAAACUAGGUUAGGUCAGGAAACUUCACUGAAGUUUGGCUUUUUUUCAGUAGCCAGGUGCCUUCUGUUAACAGUUCGUUCGUUACCAAAGCCUGUCUGUAACAUUGCCUUAUUCUGUUGCCAUCUUCUUGCUCUUGUCAUUUCCCCCAGGAAUCAGCAAGUUGACUUCUGCCAUCAUACUCGUAAUUCUGUUGGCUUAAACUUGAUUUUGUUUAUGGGUUAUCCAUAGCCCAAGGAUAUUUACCUAAGCACAGCCACUGAGAGUUUUUAGCAGCAGGUAGGGCUACAGGUUAAGGGCGUGGUCAUCUGUUUUUCAGACAUCCUUUUGGAUGCGUCCCUGAACAUUUGGAAGUGCGUAGGAGCUGUUCUUAAUUUUGACCUUCUUAGUUGGACAGAACAAGUCUGCCUCACCGACAUGGUCUGAUAAAGAUCACCCCUGUUCAGCCUCCACAUUCUGUAGGCCCCACAGUGGCCGUCUCAGACAGGAACACCUCAAAGCUGCCCUUGCGUUUGCUUCGCUCCAUUUUCAAAAUCACUCAUCUUCCUCGUGCUGUGUAUAAGAAAAUUCUGGAAGCUGCAGACAGUUUAAAGGCUGAUUUGGCAACAAAGAUUUUAUGACAGGAAAUAUUUUGUGUGCUGUUUUCUUUGAAGAGGAUGUAAUUACUGAUAUCCUAGAAUGUGAAAUUUUUGAGUGACAGUAUGUACAUUUUAAAGAAAAUUAUGAUUAAUUUGUUCAUUUUUGAAGGUUUAUAAUAUUUAUAAUGUAUU